GCCAACAGUAUUUAUGAUAAUCCUACACCUGAAACAACCGAGGCGAUUCAGAAGACAGAAAGUACAAUCAACCCAGUCCCGAUGUCCUUCCCAGCCAUCCUCCGGAAUCCCAAGCUCUCAGACCGCCUCACACACCUCCGAGAAAGCUCAACAUCGCAUAUAUUAGGAGAUAAACCAACCGUUGCUUCUCACAAGAGAUCUCAUGAAGAUAAGGAGGGCAAACGAUGGGUACGGAGGAGGGAGAACGCGCGGUUUGCAAAUAACCCGCAUGUCGUGCAAGCUGCGAGUAGGGAUGCGCAGAUUGACCCGCCCACAGCGCGUCGGACGUUCGUGAGUGCCAGCCCAGACUCAUGCAUCCCGGUGAAUCAAUUGCAUGCGCGUCGCACGGGGUCCUGAGUGACAAUGACAUGUGAAUGGGACAUUCUGCACGGCAAACGUGACAAAGCGUAGAACUCAACUGCACACAUAAGAAACUGGGUACUGUAUUAGAGACCCUAUACAAGCAUUGUGAAAAGAUGGCGGAAUCCAUCACAUGCUCCUGGACCGCAAAACACUUGCUUCAGAUCGCCGAGACACAGGUCAAAUAGACAUGACUCGCCGCUCGACACGAAUGAAACGGAAGGUCCAAAUUACAAAAAGCAACUGGCUCUGACGCGUCCGCGACGCAUUUCGUGCUUUCCCUUCAAUUCGUAUUCAGGACUGUUCUAACCUGCAACUAUCUGGCAGUUCCUCACAUAU